AUGUCAGGUGAAGACGAAGAAGGUGACGGUACUGGUGAGUUCUCCGGGGCGGUGCUGACCGACGGGGCCCAGCAGGCCUCGAGCGCUAGCGGUGCUGCAGGAGGCUUGUCGACCGAGCAGCUGAGGGAGCUGAUCGCCGGCGUAGUCAGGGAGACUACCAGCGCGACUUCCUCGGCAGCGGCUUCGAGCUCCGGAGAAAAGAAGAACGACACGGGCGACCCUUGGCAGCAGGCAGCUAGCGGCGCCGAAGGCGCCUCGGCGGCAGCAAGACGUGAGGGUACCCGUGACGGUGGUGGUGCAGAGCGGUCCAAGGACCGUUCAGACAAGGACGAGUCGGCCUGGGACCGCUGGAAGAAGGACGACAACGGCUGGUGGUCCAAGGACGACGACGGCAGGAAGAAGGACGACGACGACUGGAAGUCCAAGGACGACAAGGGCGACGGCUGGCGAGAUAGUGACUGGAGAGCUGCCCGGUGGAGUCACGACUCCUGGGGCGGCUUCGGUGGCAAAGGCGAUUAUUCGGAUCCUCCAGCCUGGCCGGGCUGGAAUCACUACAGGCAGUGGCGGCGUGCCCUCAAGAGGUGGGACACCAACACCGACGUACCGGCCUGGCGCCGGGCCGAGAAGCUGCUCAAGCUUUUCGACUACAAUUUACAGGCCAAGUUCGACGAUGUCCCGGAGAGCACGCUGACCGGACUGGGCUGGCUGGAAGUCAUCCUGGGCCGCAUGGACAUGAUGACGGGCGAGCGCGAGGGCGACGACCUCCGGCGAGCCGGGAGGAAGGCGCUCUUCGAGGCUCAGCGGAACAAGGACGAGGCGUUGAUUCAGUUCGUUAGCCGACGAGAAGCACAGCUGACGGAGGCCGAGUCGCACGAGAUGUGGCUGUCUCCCAAGCUGAAGGGCCUGCUCCUAGAGGAGGGUGCGGGUCUGACCUCCCAGGGCCAGCAGAACCUCAGGACCUUGACGCAGGGACGGAUGGACUAUAGCAGCGUCUCCUGGGCCCUCCGCCAGAUGGACGCGACCGGCAGUGAGCGGCUGCUUCCAGGUAGGCAGGGACUUGGAGCCAUGCCAGCGACUGGCGCUGAGGAACAGGAUCCCAGCGAGGUCGAAGCUAGGCAGGCUUUUCCCUCCGCCUCCUUCCCUCCCUCCGGUCGGUCCGUGGUGGUGGUGGUGGUUUCUCCUCCCUCCUCGUCUCUCUCCCAACCUCCUCCUCCGCACCGGCCGGCUUUUGCAGCAGCAGCAGCAGUCUGUUCCAAUAGGCCGACGAUUUCACCCGACUAG